AUGUUCGACGGUCUUAAACUAUAUGCUACGUCAUAUGUUGAUCAUUUGGUAUUGGCUGCGUAUGCUUCUGGAAGCAACACACUCAAGGCAUUGAUCAAGGACAAGAACUUGUCCUUGGAGUUGACAGAAUCCACAAUAGCCGACUUACAAGAUACUCUUGCAGAUUAUCAAGAUAUUGAGAAUGCACUGCAUAGCGGCAAUCAAUCAAUCAUGGAUUCACAAAACUCGUCUAUUGACGAUGAGGAUAUUCAACGAGAGCUUGAUAUGUUGAUUGAGUCGGAGCGUUUGAACGAUCUUGAUAGUCUUGAAAGUAAAAUGGCAGGUGUUGUGCUGAACGACAGUUGUGUACCACAAGACUCUCGAUCUGUUCAACCCACUUUAAACCCUAGCAUAAAUUCAAAUCGUAUACCAGAACCAUCUUCUGAUUCAGUGCUGGAUGAUCCAGUAACCUCAAACGAUUCACCAAAGGAAAGCACGGCUGUCCAAGAAAAGCUUAACACCAAAAGUAAAAAACAACAUCCGGUACUCGCAUAA